AUGAUUGAAUCUAUCAAACAUACUAUUGUGAUGCUUCAGAUCACCAAAGAGAGUUUAAAAGGUCCUGUUGUAAAUAGUACAUUGUAUGAUCUUGUACCAGCCACUCCAAGAAUUAAAAUCCAUCCUGCAGAAACUGAAGGAGACGCCUUACAUAAUCAAGACAGCUCCCUACAUGAUAGUGUGGAGACUGCUACUGAAGCCCAAUGUUUGGAAAAUGAUGUGUGUAUCAGUCAAUCAAUGCCUAAUAUCAGUAUCACUUCUGGUUCAGUUGUCUCUAAUCCGAAUGGCAGCAAUAUUCCUUCUGCUGGCUGUGGUCCUGUAAAUAUGAAGAGAGCUGAUGCCAGUCCAAGCCAAGUGUCUGUUGCACAAGUGCCUGACAUCUCCUAUUCUAGUAGUGAAGAUGAAGAUUUUUAUGAUGCUGAAGAAUAUCGAUUUGGAUCUCCCAAGACCACCUCAGAGAAAUCUGCUACAUCUGGUGAGACAAGUCCAAUGCAAACCCCAGCAGAAGAAGGUCCUGGAGAUCAACCACAACCCCCAGUCAUUGCAUCUGAAGAUGACAUAUUUGAUGAAAGAAAAUUAUCUUCCUCUGAGCUCUAUGAUGUUCAAGACAGUGAAGAACUUGAAUCAUUGGAAAAACAUGGCAGUGUUAUUACCCAUUUGUUGUCCCAAGUUCGUAUUGGGAUGGACCUUACCAAGGUUGUGCUACCAACAUUCAUCCUAGAGCGACGCUCUCUCUUAGAGAUGUAUGCUGAUUUCUUUGCACACCCUGAUCUCUUUGUGAAGAUUGCUGAUAUUGAAAAUCCUAAAGAGCGUAUGAUCCAGGUAGUUAGGUGGUAUCUCUCUGCUUUUCAUGCAGGGCGUAAGAGUGAAAUAGCCAAAAAGCCUUAUAAUCCCAUUCUUGGAGAAGUUUUCAGGUGUCACUGGAAAAUUCCUGGUGUUUCCAGCCAGAAUUCUGAAUACACUGCUAGCCAUCUUUUCCCCUGGGCAAGCACAGAUAACUUGAUCUUCAUUGCUGAACAAGUAUCACACCAUCCACCAAUAUCUGCCUUUUAUGCUGAACAUUAUGAUAAAAGAAUAAGUUUGGAUGGUUACAUCUGGACUAAGUCCAAAUUCUUGGGGUUGUCUAUUGGUGUUCACAUGAUUGGCCAAGCUGUAUUAUCUGUCCUUAAUUUUGACGAAGAAUAUAUCUUUACAUUUCCUAAUGGUUAUGGAAGGUCAAUUUUAACAGUACCCUGGGUAGAGUUAGGGGGCAAAGUAUCUCUAACAUGCCCAAAAAGUGGCUACAGUGCUAAUAUAGAGUUUCACACAAAGCCUUUCUAUGGAGGCAAAAAGCAUCGAAUCACUGCUGAGAUAUUAGCACCAAAUGAAAAGAAAUCUUUUUGCAAUAUUGAGGGUGAAUGGAAUGGUGUGAUGUAUGCUAAAUAUAAUACAGGUAUGAAUGAAGUGUUUGUAGAUACUAAAAGAACACCAAUCAUAAAAAAACAAGUCCGUGAACUUAGUGAACAAGAAGAUAUGGAAUCUAGAAAAUUGUGGAGAGAUGUAACUUAUAAUCUCAAAAUCAGGCAUAUAGACAAUGCAACAGAAGCCAAACGACAACUGGAACAGCAACAAAGAGACGAAGCUAAAGAACGGAAAGAAAAGAGCAUCAUGUGGGAAACAAAGCAUUUCCAUGAAGUUGGUGAACAUUGGGUAUAUGACAAUCCCCUUAUGAAACAUGUAUCAAACAAAUCUACGACUAACAUCACAAGCUCAACUGGAUCUCAACAUCAGUCAUCUCCUUCAGCCAUGCAACAACAGACUCCUACAAAUCAGCCAUUGCAAUUUCAGUCAACUACCUGA